CUAUACAUCUAGCAAUACAGAAUAUGGGUUUUUUAUUGGUUGAGUUUAGAUUGCAAUAUCUGAUUUGGAUUUAACGUAUUUCUGAUUUUGGUUAUGGUUUUUUCCUGAGAAACCCAUUGAUUGUAGAUACAUCGUUCAUUGCUCACAAUCGUCGUGAUUUUUUUUGUUUUUAUUAUGUUUUCUGUUCCUUCUGUAGAUUCUAAGAUGAUAGAAUGGUCAAUACAAGAUUAGGUCAAUGGUUAAGCCUUUUCGUAUGUUUACUGGUAUUGCUGAAAGCGGAAGGCAUUCCUGUGGGAAUCACUUAUGUCCAGAGUGCGGUAGCCAAAGGAGCUGUUUGUUUGGAUGGAAGCCCACCAGCUUAUCACUUUAGUGAGGGAUUUGGUGCUGGAAUCAACAAUUGGUUGGUUCACAUCGAGGGAGGAGGAUGGUGCAAUAAUGUAACAACUUGCCUUGCCCGUACAAAGACUCGAUUAGGUUCAUCUAAGCUAAUGGUAAAGGAAGUUGCAUUUUCUGGGAUGCUAAGCAACAAACAAAAAUUUAAUCCUGACUUCUACAACUGGAAUAGAAUCAAGGUGAGGUAUUGUGAUGGGGCAUCAUUCACUGGUGAUGUGGAAGCAGUAAACCCAGCUACCAAUCUUCACUUCAGAGGAGCAAGGGUGUUUGUUGCCAUCAUUGAGGAUUUAUUAGCAAAAGGAAUGAAAAAUGCUAAAAAUGCUAUCCUUUCUGGUUGUUCUGCUGGUGGAUUGACAUCUAUCCUGCAUUGUGAUAGAUUCCGUUCGCUAUUACCUUUGAGUACUAAAGUAAAAUGUCUUGCAGAUGCUGGUUAUUUUAUUAAUGCAAAGGAUGUUUCUGGAGCGCAGCACAUUGAAAAUUUUUACAGUGAAGUUGUUUCAACACAUAGUUCAGCGAAGAAUUUGCCUGCGUCAUGUACUUCCAGAUUGAGUCCAGGCUUGUGCUUCUUCCCGCAAAAUGUGGCUCCACAAAUCCAGACACCGAUAUUUUUUGUAAAUGCAGCCUAUGAUUCAUGGCAGAUAAAGAACAUUUUGGCGCCUGGUGUUGCGGAUCCUCAUGGGACCUGGCACAGUUGCAAGAUUGAUGUAAAAAACUGCUCACCAGUUCAACUCAAAACCAUGCAAGAAUUCAGGGUGCAGUUUUUAAGUGCAAUCAGUGGACUUAGCACCUCGACAUCUAAAGGACUAUUCAUAGACUCAUGCUAUGCUCACUGCCAAACUGAAAUGCAGGAAACAUGGUUAAGAGAUGACUCACCAGUGCUGGGCAAAACUACAAUUGCAAAGGCAGUUGGAGACUGGUAUUAUGAUCGAAGUCCUUUCAUGAAGAUAGAUUGUCCUUACCCUUGCAACCCAACCUGCCAUAACCGUGUUUUCGAUUCAAAUGAACACCUAGACUAGACUAGAGUAGUAGAAUCAUUUUGUGUGAGAGUAUAUCAUUAUUUAUUAGAUACAUUGAAAGAUUAAAUGUGAUUGGAUAAGAUUAAAAACAAAAUGAAAAAAAAAAAAAAGUCAGAAGUAUUGAUCAAGUCUACCAAAUAAGUGAAAGACCACCUUUGCAGUACCGAACCUGUGUGCUGUUGCUGCUUGUUUUUCAUUGUUUAUGUAUUAACUAAAAUAUUCCCCAAUAAAAUUCCUUCAUUUCCAUCUUUAUUCUA